AUGGGCAGUGGAGCCAGUGGAGCCAGGAACAACGACGUCGCGCAGCCAAAAGAGUUGAUAAACCCGAAGCUGGAGGAGGUUCACACAGAGCUGCUGGGCGGUGGCUGCAUAAUCCAUGAAGUGGAGAAUCGCGCCAUAACGAUCCAGCAGCUGCAAGAUCUCGUGCGCAACGUUGAGACCAAGGUCAAGGAAGAGAAGUGGGUAUCAACAAGCCCCCAGGCUUUGAAGCCUGUGAAGUUGAAGGCCAAGUCUGUGAACCUCUAUGAUUUGGUGGCCUGGCUAGUGAAGCCUGCAACAGCUGCCCGGCGUUGCUCUUAUGUGGAGUUGGUGGCAACUGGGCCGCAGCCUACCCGUUGGUUCACUUCACACUGGUGGGGCGAGCCAGUCUUUCAAUUUGUCACCUGUGUGGUGAAGCAUUCUGAGCAAAGGCGUUUAGGGAUCAAAGCGGCUUAUUGGGUUUGCGCAUAUGCAAACAACCAAUGGGAUCUGGCCUCUGAUCUGGUGGCGAACCCAGCUGAGUCCUCUUUUCGCCGCGCUCUGGAUGUUGCUGAAGGGACGCUGUCGAUUUUGGAUGGGUCCGCAAUAGCCUACUCACGGGUAUGGUGCAAUUAUGAGAUGUUUGUAACCCUGGAGAAGGCCAAAUCAGCCUCCCACUUGUUUGACAUUUACACAUUCCAUGCACAUCAACCUCGGGGCAUCACAGACGGCAUCACAGAAGGAGACAUGAGGGGAGCCAGCUGGUGGUGGGAGGAUCGGAAGUGGACCAGAGAGAAAAACUUUCCUGUAAACCUGGCUCAGGCUGCGAUGCAAGCUCGAGUGGAGCUGGCGGAGGCGAGCGUGGACAUGGAUCGAAUCCACAUCCUCAACGCAAUCGUUGGCGCGGAGGAUCUGAAUCAGACUCCGCCGCUGGAGCACGAGUGCUAUGACUUUGUGAACACCACGCUGCAUGCGCGUUUUGCCCUUGCAACAUUCAAGUUGGCACUUGAAGCAGGGCUACCGCUUGAAAGCCACGUCCGGGUCAUUUCAUACUCCCACAUCGCUAGAAUUGAUUUGUCAUUCAGGUCAUCCGAGGUUCUGUCCGACCAUGUUUUGAUGCAGCUGAGCUCCAGCUUGCCCUCAACUCUGCGUGAGCUGAGCUUGAAUGUGGUCGCCUGCAAGCAGCUGUCGAAUCAGGGCAUCCAGGCUUUGGCACAUGCACUUCAUCAGCUUCCGCUUGAAAGUCUGCACCUGGACCUUGCCAAGAACGUGCUCACAGAUGCAGCAGUCCAGGCAUUGGCUGCUUCUCAUGGGAGCACUUUGAAGCAUCUCUGGCUGAGCCUAGGACACCUGGCGAGCUUGACGGAUGUCUCUGGCGAAUGCGUGGCAUCCGCACUGCCAACCGGCCUGAAGACCCUUUUCUUGGCCUUCGUCGGAUGCCGACAGAUAACGGGCAAGACCCUGGCGAGCUUGAGCAAGUCCAUACCCCCAACUGCAACUCACCUUCAUCUUCUCUUUGGCGAUUGCCAUUUGCUGGACGAUGCCGCGUCGGUGCAGUUGUUCUCUGGACUACCGCAGGGCUUGCUCGAGCUGGAGCUGGAUUUCUGGGCUUGCUCUCAGCUCACACAGGCCAUGCUUGAAGCCCUGGGUGCAAAGCUGCCGAGCACAGUGUCGCGACUGGAGCUCACCAUGGGCGAGAUCCCUGCUAUCUCAGGUGUUUACGGCCGCAGAUAUGCGAAACGAGAACUGAAGGAGACACCCCCUGUUCUGCUUCAAGCGCUAGGCCACACCAAUGUGAGCAUCGAAUACCUCGCCUGA